GCGGCGGAAGGGUCGCGGAGGCCUUGGUGAAGGCGGGGUGGGCGCGGUAACGGACGCCGGGACCCCCUAGGCGGCAGCGGCGAGUUAAGUGCGGACCGGCUAGCGCGUGGCAGCAGCCAGGGAGCCUGAGGCCGGGGUGUCGUGCGCAGGCGCUACUCGGUUGGGCCGUGAACUGGCCGAGGCCUCGGCUGCGAGGCCUUCCCGAUGCCGGUUGGGGCUCUGCGGAGCAGAGCGGAGGCUGCUCCCGGGCCUCGGGCGGGGUAGAAGCCCGGCGGGCCCGCUGCCCCGCGCGCGGUGGAUGCGGCGUUGGCGAUGGACGCGGCGGCGGCGAUGGACGCUCUAGAGGAAGAGAGCUUCGCGCUGUCCUUCUCUUCCGCCUCUGAUGCAGAAUUUGAUGCUGUGGUUGGAUAUUUAGAAGACAUUAUCAUGGAUGAUGAGUUCCAGUUAUUACAGAGGAAUUUCAUGGACAAGUACUACCAGGAGUUUGAAGACACAGAAGAGAAUAAGCUCACCUACACACCUAUUUUUAAUGAAUAUAUUUCUUUGGUAGAAAAGUAUAUAGAAGAACAGCUGUUGGAGCGGAUUCCUGGAUUUAACAUGGCGGCUUUCACUACAACUUUACAGCACCAUAAAGAUGAAGUGGCCGGUGACAUUUUCGACAUGCUGCUCACGUUUACAGAUUUUCUGGCUUUUAAAGAAAUGUUUCUGGACUAUAGAGCAGAAAAAGAAGGCCGGGGACUGGACUUAAGCAGCGGUUUAGUGGUGACUUCAUUGUGCAAAUCAUCUUCUAUGACAGCUUCCCAGAACAAUCUGCGGCCCUAGGUCCCACCUCCAGGUAAUGGGAUCUUUCUAGACAUCACCAGCCCAAUAGACUGGGAGAGGCUUUGGCUGAUGUUGUCUGAAGAAUACAUCUUGGAAUCACUGACUCUGUUCUGCAACUCUUUGUUAAUGUUAAGUAUUGAUGGGUCAGAAGAAAAUGACCCGACCUUCCUGGGACACGUGCUUGUCUUCAGUAACCCUAGUACUCCGCCCUGAGUAGACACCUCUUUCAGGAGCUUCUGAGUCUGGCUCCUGCACCAAGCCCAAGUCCAGCAUUCCACCUGGGGGGCACUUCCCCAGCAUAUGUGUUGGUGUGUCCUUGUUGGAAGAACCCACCAUCACCAACUCUCUUGGCCCAGCAGGCCUUGCAUGUCCCACCAGGCAUUUUUUUUUUUUUUUUGCGGUACGCGGGCCUCUCAGUGCUGUGGCCUCUCGCGUUGCGGAGCCCAGGCUCCGGACGCACAGGCUCAGCGGCCAUGGGUCAUGGGCCCAGCCGCUCCGCAGCAUGUGGGAUCUUCCCGGACCAGGGCACGAACCCGUGUCCCCUGCAUCGGCAGGCGGACUCUCAACCACUGCGCCACCAGGGAAGCCCUCCCACCAGGCUUUUUGUGCACUCACAGCUUUUUAUAUGGGUCAGAGUUUCAGUCCUGCAGCCUCAGUGGGGUUUUUGACUGGGAGUAUUUAUCUAGGGUUUAACUCAAGCUAGGUACCCAUCUCAAGAUUUCUGAAACUCCUACUAUCACAGCUAGUCUUGGAGGUAGGAAUCGACUUAGAGAGUUGUCCUUUACCUAAAAAGGUACUUGUGAAAAUCAGUUCCUAGUCUUACACGUACAGUCCUUGUAUCACUUUACUGUCUUCUACUGGUCCUGAUGUAGUCCCAUUGUUUCUAUAACUCUCAUUUAUGUGUUUUUGAAAACAUUUUUAUAAAUGAAUACUCAGGCUAACCUAGUGGAUAUAAUCUUGGAACUUCCAUGAUUACCCACUUCAAGAUCAAAGUAUUAUAUUGCUGUGUGCUUUUUAGCUGUUAGUGCUAUGAAAGCAAAAAUGCUUUCCAUGUUGGUGUUCCUGUUUUACUGGGCACCAAUGAAUGUAUGCUGGAAGUGGUCUAAAAGGUUUCCUUUUCUUAGAGCAUGUUAGUAUUUGUGCAGGUUUGCUUAAAACCCUUUCUAUGUAGAACAGCUCCUUAGGUUUUCUGUUGGGGUAGGGGCUGUGCACUUCCUUCUUGCUGUCAAAAUAAUCCUACCAAGAUAGUGUUCCACUGGUCUAGCUCAGUAGGAGAUAGCAAACAGCUUUACUGGUCAUCUGUCUGCUUGGAUUUAGUACACUGGUUUAGUACAAUGUUUGAUAGAACAUUACUGACCAGAAAACAUGGAUGUCACCUCUCUAGAAAGAAAAACUAUAGUAGUUCAAUUCCCAAUGUAUACCUUAGUUGUUUUUUUGUUGCUUUUUUUAUUUUUAAAGUAAAAAUAAGACUCUCUACUGACUUCUCACUUGGCUGUUCUGGUUUUAAAGGAUGAGCUAGCUGUAGGCUGUGCGUUUUUCUGUACCAACGUGGCGCUUAUUAAAUACUUUGGUACCAUGAGUAAAAUUUCAGGUGUUUUGAAAAAAACAAAAACCAUCA